AUGCUAAUUGCCCUGGUAGGACGUUCUAAUGUAGGUAAAUCGUCACUUUUUAACGCUCUUAUAACAAGAGUAGGUGGAAUAUCGAACAUUUUCAAUUCCGUAGUCUCCGAUAAGCCAGGUACUACCAGAGAUGCUAAGCACGGAAGGUUUUACCUUCUUGGGAAUAAAAUUACCUUGAUUGAUACGGGAGGCAUUGAACACAGUUUCCUCAGGGAGAUUGAUUCCAAGAAUUACGCAAAUUGCACUUCUCUGGUGGAGAAAAUAGAACAAGAUGCCUGUUCAGCAGUUAAAAAUUCCAAUUUAGUUUUUUUUGUUCUAGAUGGGAAGGAAGGUGUAACCCCUUUGGACAUACAGAUGAGUUCUAAGAUCAGAAGAUGGGUUAUGGAAUCUUCUAAUAAUCCAGAAGUUAAAUUGAUAGUAAACAAACUUGAGAAAAAAGACUCAGUAGAAUAUUAUGAAGGAGUAGGUAAUUGUAUAUCUGAAUGUCACGAUCUGGAUUUUGGAGAUCCUAUUUUUGUUAGUGCACAGCAAAACCACGGGAUUGAAGAACUCAGAAAUAUCAUUAAAAGUAAAUUGAAGAAUAAAGACAUCAAAAAACUGGAAGAAAUGGCAAUUUUAUCGCAACAUGUACCAUAUAUUGAGAAUCUAGAUUCAUAUAAUGAAGCAGAGGACGAAGAUCAACAUUAUGAAAUUGAUAAAUCCAUACGCGUAUGUUCAUCUGUAAGAGGUAGUUACAGGCCGAAUGAUCAGUGGUUAAAAUUGUUAGAUAAGAUUUGUGGAGGAGUUCCAUUUAGUAAAGAAGAAAACGAUAAAUUCAUUAUCCCGUCAAUAUUUUCACCUGCUGAACAACUUGCACAGCUAUAUCUCCCAAAUAACCUUAGAGAAGAUUGUGUAGGUGAAGCAGAUGGGAUAAAUGCACCCGAAGAUACAAGCCAAUCUGCACCGGAUGAAAGUGGACAUGCAGAUCACGAUUUUACUUCGACUACUACGUCUGGAGAUGAUAAAAAAAAGGUUUCUAAACCUCAAAUUUCUAUCGAACCUACUGUUAAUCCAUUAAGCAUUGUAAUUCUAGGAAGUAUUGACAGCGGAAGAGAAAGAUUAGUAUCUUUGCUUUGCGGAGAACGUGUAAUACAUGCUAGAAAAGAAGAUGAAGUCUCACCAAAUUGGCAUUCUUCAUUUUCCAAGUGGAAUAUAACACUACAAACGGAGAAUAUAAUACAACCAGUAGAAUUACUGACCACAGCUGCAUUAAACCUGGGGGGUAGUUUGGGGAAGUUAGCGUCCAGACAAACCAUCGCAUUGUUACGUAAAUGUGAUUUUGCAGUAUUUUGCAUAGACUACACAAAAGGGGAAAGAAACGUAAGAGAUACUGCAGCAAAGGUGACAUUAUCUAAAAGAGAAGUGGCAUGGUUAACUAGGGCAACAAGAUUAAAUAAACCCAUAGUUAUAGCUGUUCUGACAGAUAAAGGAUCUAAAAAAUGCUCUUUGAGUGAUGAUACUCCCUUAAGUCAUGAAUUUGAAUCCAUUCCUAUAAUUUCUAUACCGAUGGAUUCUUCUUCCAGUUCUAUCACUAAAGGAACAUCAAAAUCAAUAAAUAAACUGAAAACUACUGUACAUUCAUUGCUACAUAGAAGCAAACAAACCAUAGAAACAAACACGUUGAAUGCAUGGUUACGAGCUUUUACUGCAAGGUGGCCUCCUCCAUGGUUUGACGGUGCCAAAGUAAACCUAAAGUUUGCCGCUCAGGUACGUUCCAAUCCACCUACAUUUGUUCUUUGGACAAACGUAUUUUCUGCAUUUCCGCAGCAUUACUUGAGACAAUUAAAAGCAGCACUUUCUGAUGAAUUUGAAUUGAAGGGCGUUCCCAUAAGGAUUAUAUUGAGGACUACAUUUAAACCUAGCAAAAAUGUAGACAAGACUAAAAUAAGAAGAAAGCUAUUUGAUAAACUGUAG